GAAGACCAUGUAGCAAGGUUAUUUGCACUCCUGAAUCCUGGGUCAAGUUGAGUCUGCUUAUAAUUUGUCUGUGUUAACCACUAUUCAUUAUCACAAUGAGUUACAGCUUCAGUCAAAGCUCCUCCAGAGUGGGCAGUGGUGUCUCCUCCAGGCUGUCUGAUGGGAUCUACAGGGCAGCCAGUGUCCAUGGAGGUGGAUCCAGCAUCUCCAUUUCCAGUGCAGGCUCUUCACGUUUAGGCUUUGGGUAUGGUGGAGGAGCUGGCUUUGGUGGUGGAGCUGGAGCUGGCUAUGGUGGUGGAGCUGGAUCUGGCUAUGGUGGUGGAGCUGGCUAUGGUGGUGGAGCUGGCUAUGGUGGUGGAGCUGGUUUUGGUGGAGGAUCUUCCUUCAGUGCUGGCGGCAGUGCUGGUGGAGAGGGUUUGUUCUCUGGAAAUGAGAAAUACGCCAUGCAGAACUUGAAUGACCGUCUUGCCACCUACCUAGAUAAAGUGCGAUCUUUGGAGCAGGCCAACAAUGAUCUGGAGGCCAAAAUACGUGACUGGUACGCAAAGCAAGGGUCUAUGGCUGUCCGUGAACAGAGCUUUGAAGGCUUCUACACCUCUAUUGAUGAGCUGCGUGAUAAGAUCUUUGUUGCAACAAUCAACAACUCUAAAGCAAUUCUGGAGAUUGACAAUGCUAGAUUGGCUGCUGAUGACUUCAGGCUGAAGUUUGAAAAUGAGCUCUCCCUGCGCCAGAGUGUAGAGAGUGACAUCAGUGGUCUGAAACGUGUCUUGGAUGAUCUGACCAUGACCAGAUCUGACCUGGAGCUCCAGAUUGAAGGCCUCAAGGAAGAGCUUGUCUACCUGAGGAAGAACCACGAAGAGGAAGUCAGUGAGAAGAAAGAACAGGCAGCCGGAACAGUCAAUGUCGAGUUGGAUGCUGCUCCUGGAGUUGACCUUCUGAGGGUCAUCAGUGAACUCAGAGAACAGUAUGAACACAUUGCUGAGAAGAACAGACGGGAGGCUGAAGCUUGGUUCCUGAGCCAGGUUGAAGCACUACAGAAUGAGGUCGUCACCAGCACACAGCAAGUGCACAGCACCAAAUCCGAAAGCACAGAAAUGAGGCGCGAUUUACAGGGUCUAGAACUCGAACUUCAGUCUCAAAUCAGUGCCAAAGCUAGUCUGGAAUCCGCUGUUGCUGAUGUAGAAGGCCGGUAUGCAGCACAGCUCUACCAGAUACAAUCCAUUAUUGGUGGCUACGAAGUUCAGCUUGUAGAUCUUCGCUCAGACCUUGAACGCCAGAACCAGGAAUACAGAACCCUGCUGGACAUUAAGAGCAGGCUGGAGCAGGAGAUUGCCACAUACCAUCAGCUUAUGGAGGGAGAGGGUGGACAGAUUGCUAGUGGACAGCAAUCAGGAUCUAGCUCAUCAUCUACGACCAAAACCACUACCAAAGUACAAGCCAUCAUAAAGGAAGAGAUUGGUGGUAAGGUCAUCUCUAGUUCAACUUCCACUAUCAAGAGGUACUAAGAUCCGAAGACCAGAUCCCUACCACCAGUUUGAGGAAAGGCAUCCUAAACAACCCAGGUCCUCUGUGGAACUAGAUAAUUGUGCAUAUGUUUACACCUAGGAACCCUGUAAGGAUCCCCAGAGUUGUCUUAUCCUCUAAGUGAGUAAGCUGAGCAUUACACUGCCAAACAAUCUACUGAUUCUGUUAUAACCAAACAUCUAUAUAUGAGAUACCUUCACAGACAAAAAUGUUAAUUCCACCUCUGAUCUCACCAGGCAAUAUUUUGUUAUAAAUGCAAUAAAGAUUUUCAUGGGUUGUGCAAAA